CUACGGAUGUUUGCGUGGAGGUGGUUAAAUGGAGACGGCGUUGCUAGUAGUCGCCGUCUUCGGCCUCUCCUCGGCCACUCUUGAUUUUUACUUGGAUAUGGAGGAGUCUAAGCUUCUUGGACUAGAUAGACCUCUCUACUACAUCAAGAAGGGUUUGAUCAACAAAGUAGCGUUUAAUCCAGCUUACCAGAUUGCCAUGCCGGUGGAUAAGACGAACAUUCGCUUUAGCUGGCGAUCUAAGAGUCAAUGGAUUUACACAAUCAGAUUUCGAUCGUCUGACGAGUCAAUUAUGCACCGUCCAACCUCAAAGACUCUCGAUCCACUCGGCCUUGUGCCACGCAAUGUUUCAGUAUUUGAUGUCACGCUAGACUGCACUGGACAGAAAGGAGGUUUGGCGUUUUUUGAGCUGUCUCUCAAUGUGACUGACCCAUCCAGUGUGCUGGUGUUGGCCAUCGACAGACCUAAACGGUGCAGACAAGGUUGGUGUCUUCUCUGUAUUCAAUUUAUGAAAGGCAGCAAUGUAUAUAUAAGAAUCUCUGCCUCAUGUUUUAGGUAAUUGCCUGUGUGUCUUAUAAGUACAUGUAUAGGUUAUAGACAGUUGUUUGGAUUCGCUGGACAGGACUACAGGGCUGAGUUACUGGACUAGGGGACACUGGAUUACUGGACUGGACUACUGACUCCAAUAUAAUAUAUCCAGACCCCAAUAAUAUCUCUCUGCAUUUUUGCCACGUCGUUACUGCAGAGAAUCUACAUGCGAGUAUACAUGAUGUACUGUAAUACAUAAAAAAUAGGUAGACGGCAUGGGAAUUUGCCUGAGUAAAAGCAUAAGUGCAGUUACUAGCAUGCGAGCACAGACCUUGCCUCCCAGGCGCAAGA